AUGGCCCACCAAGCACAUGCAUAUCAUAUGGUUGAUCCACGCCCAUGACCACUAACCGGCGCAAUCGCUGCUCUCCUCCUGACAUCCGGAUUAGCAAUCUGGUUCAUUUUCCACUCAACUACCCUAAUAACCCUAGGAUUAAUUCUUACCCUCCUGACAAUAUAUCAGUGGUGACGUGAUAUUAUCCGAGAAGGAACAUUUCAAGGCCACCACACACCCCCUGUACAAAAAGGCCUACGCUACGGAAUAAUUCUGUUUAUCACAUCCGAAGUGUUCUUCUUCCUGGGCUUCUUCUGAGCCUUCUACCACUCUAGCCUCGCACCCACUCCUGAGCUAGGAGGAUGUUGACCACCAACGGGAAUCACAACCCUGGAUCCAUUCGAGGUGCCACUUCUUAACACAGCCGUUCUACUAGCGUCCGGAGUUACAGUAACGUGGGCACACCACAGCCUAAUAGAAGGAGAACGUAAACAGGCCAUUCAAUCUUUAGCCCUUACAAUUCUACUUGGGCUCUACUUCACUGCCCUACAGGCCAUAGAAUACUAUGAAGCGCCCUUCACAAUCGCGGACGGAGUCUAUGGUUCAACCUUCUUUGUAGCCACAGGAUUCCAUGGGCUUCACGUCAUUAUCGGAUCGACCUUCUUAGCCGUGUGCCUCCUACGCCAAAUUCAAUACCACUUUACAUCUGAACACCACUUCGGCUUCGAAGCUGCCGCAUGAUACUGACACUUCGUCGACGUAGUAUGACUAUUCCUCUACGUAUUCAUCUACUGAUGAGGCUCAUAA